AUAUAUACUUGGAUACCACUUCGACCAAGAGCAUCUAGUUCCUGUAAUGAACAAGCCAAUUUAUAGCGGGAAUCUGAAAAUUUUCGCAAUGCAUCGAGCUUACCCGGACACCGUUCAGGGUAUGCGGUUAACCACAAUCCAAAUGAUCCGAGUUAUUCCUUUCCCACCGAUCAGCCUGAGGCCAUUGUCCGCGGCCGGUGCUACGUAUUCAGAUCAGUAUUGUUUGCAUUACUAUCAGUGCCAAUACUAAUGGUAAUAGAAAUACCAUUACCAUCAGUAUGGGUAAUGGUACAACACACGACCCGGCUGUCCAAUAAAACAACGACUAAUUGCAGGUUGAGACUUUGUUUGACUUUUUGCGUUGUUUGUUGUUCUCGCAAUUACGUAAACCCGCUUACAUAAGCCACAGCUGGCCAUCCAGUGGCUACUCCGAAAUCUGGGGUUGGGCCAAACCAAUAACUGUCAAAAGACCGGGUGCAACAAUGCCAUGCCCCACCUUGCCAGAGGACAGGCUGCCCAGGAGAUCAAGCGACCCUCCCCCACAAGAGUCAAGAGUCAAUGUCCGAAGAGAGCAGGAUGCUCUCCGAGGUUUUAUUCGGAGCCACGGAGAGUUCGCCAAUAAGACUAGGAUUGUUUUUUCUGUAGUUUAAAUGUACGGUAGAAAAACUCCGGUGUCCUGUUCCGAGCUCGCACUCUGAUUGGCCAAUUGCCGGCAGGCCUCUUCAUGUGAGCGAGCCUCUCUCGUGCCCCCUACCCACUCACUGGUACUCACUGGCACUCACUGGCACUCACUGGUGCCAGUGAGUAGGGGACUGGCACCACCGAUCAUCUGGUGCAGUGCCUGGUGUUUGGUAGAUGCUACGGAGUAUAGCACAGUUUCCGCAUAUCUUUUUUUUUUUUUUUUUGUUUUGUUCG